AUGGCGGAGAGCAUGGAAGGCGUCGUCACUUCCGGCGAGCAGCCCGUCGUUGAUGCAAAGGAGAAGGCCGUUGCAGACAUCGCCAGCAACUUCGCGCUCCUCGAACGUGCCGUUGCGCAGUUUGAUUCACGCUUCACCCUGCGCGCCCUGCGCUCGAUAUCCUCGCUGCGGAAGCGCCUCAACCCACAAGUCCUGACCGACGCCAUCGUCUCCUACUACCCCCAGAGCAAUGAAAUGGGCAAGAAGCUCAUCGCCGCCGUCGGUGGCUCCGCACAAUCGACCAAGGCGUCGGAGGCAAACUCGAAGAAGGAGGUCGUCCCCGAGGUCGACAUCUACCUUGCCGUUCUCGUCCAGGUGCUCUUCUACGACCAGCAGGAAUUUUCCAAGGGCGCAGAAUGGUCGUCGUGGCUGGUCGACCACAUCCGCGAGCUGAACCGUCGCACGCUCGAUUCCCUGGCCGCCAAGGCUUACUUCUACUUCGCCCUAUUCCACGAGAACUUGGACCCGAAGCCGCCGUCGCGGCAAUCCCCCGUCAUCAACAUCCGCCGCCAGCUCCUCGCUGCUCUCCGCAGCGCUGUUCUGCGAAAGGAUGAAGAUACGCAGGCCGCCGUCAUGGUCCUAUUGCUGCGGAACUACCUCUCGACCGCCGACAUCACCCAGGCCGACCUGUUGGUCGCGCAGACGCAAUUCCCCCAGACGGCUCCCAACAACCAGGUCGCGCGUUUCCUCUACUACCUCGGUCGCAUCCGCGCCAUCCAGCUCAACUACACCGAGGCCCACGAGCACCUGACCAGCGCUACCCGCAAGUCGCCCACCAGCCCCGUCGCCGCCGGCUUCUACCAGGCGUCGAUGAAGCUGCUUGUCGUGGUAGAGCUGCUGAUGGGCGACAUCCCGGAACGUGCCAUCUUCAGCCAGCCCAAGCUCGAGCGUGCUCUCGAGCCCUACUUCCGCCUCGUGCAGGCGGUGCGCGCCGGUGACCUGCAGGGCUUCGUCCGCGUGGUGCAGGCCAACGCGGGCGUUUUCCAGCGCGAGGGCACGUACACGCUGAUCCUGCGCCUGCGCCAGAACGUCAUCCGCACCGGCAUCCGCAUGCUCUCGCUCAGCUACUCGCGCAUCUCGCUGCGCGACAUCUGCAUCCGUCUGGGCCUCGAGAGCGAGGAGUCGGCCGAGUACAUCGUUGCCAAGGCCAUUCGCGACGGCGUCAUCGAGGCCUCGAUCAACCACGAGAAGGGCUUCAUGCAGACCAAGCGCCCGGGCGACGUCUACGCCACCCGCGAGCCCGCCGAAGCCUUCCACGACCGCAUCUCGGCUUGCCUGACCCUCCACGACGAGUGCGUCAAGGCCAUGCGCUACCCCAUGAACCAGCACCGUCUCGAGCUGAAGAACGCACAGGAGGCGCGCGAGCGUGAGAGGGAGCUGGCCAAGGAGAUUCAGGAUGGCGACAUCGACGAGGAUGACGCGGCGGGCGAUUUCGAAGGGUUGUAG